CUUUUCUUUCUUAAGUUAAAAACGUUUUCACAAUAAUCAUGAAGAGAUUUCUUUCAACUUCUUCGGCCCUUCGUAGAGGUCAGAAUUUAACUGAGAAGAUUGUUCAAAGAUAUGCCGUAGGACUUCCACAAGGUAAGAAUGUCUACUCUGGUGAUUAUGUAUCCAUCAAGCCAGCUCAUUGUAUGUCUCAUGACAACUCUUGGCCUGUCGCUACUAAGUUCAUGGGUCUUGGUGCUACCAAGGUUAAAGAUAACAGACAAAUUGUAUGUACACUUGAUCAUGAUGUUCAAAAUAAGUCUGAAAAGAACCUUGAAAAAUAUUCAAAUAUUGAAAACUUUGCUAAAGAACAAGGUAUUGACUUCUACCCCGCAGGAAGAGGUAUUGGUCAUCAAAUCAUGAUUGAAGAAGGUUAUGCCUUCCCCCUCAACUUGACUGUUGCUUCAGAUUCUCAUUCCAAUACUUAUGGUGGGGUUGGUUCUCUUGGUACUCCAAUUGUUAGAACUGAUGCUGCUUCUAUUUGGGCCACUGGUCAAACUUGGUGGCAGAUCCCACCAGUGGCUAAGGUUGAACUUGUUGGUCAAUUACCUCAAGGUGUCACUGGUAAAGAUAUUAUUAUCACUCUUUGUGGAUUGUUCAACAAGGAUGAAGUUUUGAACCAUGCUAUUGAAUUCUCUGGUGAAGGUGUUGCUUCUCUCCCUGUUGAUUACAGAUUGACCAUUGCUAAUAUGACCACCGAAUGGGGUGCUCUUUCUGGUUUAUUCCCAGUUGAUGAAGUUCUCCUUGACUUUUAUAAGCAAAGAAUCCAAACAUUACCACAACCACACCCUAGGGUUAAUGAACAAACCAUUUCUGAACUUGUUGCCAACAAAACUGAAUCUGACAAUGAUGCUGUUUAUGCCAAGCACUUGGUAGUUGAUCUUGCCUCUCUUUCUCCAAACAUUUCUGGUCCAAACUCCGUCAAGGUCGCUAAUUCUUUACAUGACUUGAGCAACCAAAAUAUCAAGAUUAACAAGGCUUACCUUGUCUCAUGUACUAACUCUAGACUCAGUGAUAUUAAGGCUGCUGCUGAUGUCAUUAGAGGUCACAAGAUUGCCCCACAUGUUGAAUUUUACGUUGCUGCCGCUUCUUCUAAUGUUCAAAAAGAUGCUGAAGCAAUUGGUGCAUGGCAAGGUAUUAUUGAUGCUGGUGCCAAACCUUUGCCAGCUGGCUGUGGUCCAUGUAUUGGUCUUGGAACUGGUUUGUUGAAGGAGGGAGAAGUAGGUAUUUCUGCUACUAACCGUAAUUUUAAGGGAAGAAUGGGUUCUAAAGAUGCUCUUGCUUACUUGGCAUCUCCAGAAAUUGUUGCUGCAUCGGCUGUCUUGGGUAAGAUUGGUGGUCCAGAAGAAUUGGAUGGCAAGACUGUUCCUAAAGUUCGUGAGAUUAUUAAAAGCAUCACUGUCAACAAGGAAGCUCCAUCCGUUGAAGGUGGAAGUGUAGAAGUCUUGGAUGGGUUCCCUACUUCUAUUGAAGGUGAACUUGUUCUUUGUGAUGCUGAUAACAUUAACACCGAUGGUAUUUAUCCAGGUAAGUACACCUACCAAGAUGAUAUUCCACGUGAAAAGAUGGCUGAAGUUUGUAUGGAAAACUACGACCUGGAAUUUAACUCUAAAACCAAGCCAAGUGAUAUUAUUGUUUCAGGUUACAACUUCGGUACAGGUUCCUCAAGAGAACAAGCCGCUACUUGUAUUUUGGCCAGAGGCAUGAAACUUGUUGUUGCUGGUUCAUUCGGUAAUAUUUUCUCUAGAAACUCUAUCAACAAUGCCUUAUUGACUUUGGAAAUUCCUGACUUGAUCGACCAGCUCAGAGUUAAGUACAAGGAUUCCAACGAAUUAACUGUUAGAACUGGUUGGUUCUUGAAGUGGGAUGUUACUAAGGCUGAAGUAAUUGUCACUGACUCUGAGGGUAAUGUUGUUUUGAGCCAAAAAGUUGGUGAAUUAGGUACAAACUUACAAGAUAUUAUCGUUAAAGGGGGUUUAGAAGGAUGGGUUAAAGCUGAAUUACAAAAGUAAUAGCCAAUGCAUGUAUUAUAAGUAGAUAG